ACCAGCAGCUGGCGGCCAGCAUUCAGAGCAAUGUGGUAAGCGAGGCAAGCGAUGUGCGGGAUGCGUCCCCGGUUUUCCGGGCAGCAGGUGGUUUUCGAUAUCACGGCCGCGGAAAUGGCAAUCUCCAUUCCAAUCAUCUACCCACCGAGAGCGAUAUAAGAUCACCGAGGCUCUGGAUCUGCCGACAAGUGGCAGACCUCAUCACUCAUUUUGAAACUCCAGCAGCGAAGAAGGAAAACAUCAUGGAGCACAUCGACGGCAAUGUUAUCAACAGCGACCUCGCUGCCCGCAUGAAAUACGUGCAGUCCUUCCUUGGUUGGGACGGGGCAAAAGAUGGCAAACUGAUCGAAGCCUGUAAACCAGUGCUUGCUCCCAUUGUCACCAACGUCGUCGACGCCGUCUACGACCAGCUGCUCAAAUACGACAUCACCGCCGCCUCGUUUGCGCCCAAGCAGUCGCAGGAAGGAGUCACCGUGGACGCCGACGUGCGCGACCUUAACGGCGGCCACGAAAACAUCAAAUACCGGAAGGACUUCCUGAAAGGCUACCUGGUCAGGCUGGUCUCGAAUCACGACUGGACUCCAGAGAGCAAGUUUUGGGAGUACAUUGAUAUGGUGGGCAAAGUCCAUACGGGCUCAACGGACUCGGGCUUGAAGCAUCGCAAGAACAGACCUGCACUGUUUGUCGAGUACCGCGAGGUGAAUCUCUUACUCGGCUGGGUCGAAAACGCCGUCACCGACAUUGUCAUGGGCGUCGAGGGUUUGGAGCUGCAGACAAAAGUGGACAUCCUGAAGGCCCUCAACAAGUUUUGGUGGAUCCAGAACGAUCUCUUUGCGAGACACUAUAUCCCAGGUUUGAGGGCUCCCCGGAUACAAGAUACAGAGCGCCCGCUGACCUGGAUUGACAAGUUCAAGGCUGAUCCAGUAUUUCCCAUCGUCUCAGCGCUUGUGCUUUUCGUCGCCAUUUUCGGCUGGAAGUUCUGAAGAGACGCUAUAUAGAGGGAAUCUUUGAGUUGCUUUGCCCCGGGUGAUAAAUCGCAUUGAAGGGCACUUGGGACCAAGAGAAUAGACUCGGCCUAGAUAGAUGCAGUCUUCUGUCCCAAGAGGCUUCUCCUAGAAUUAGAUUAUUGUUGCCGCCAGAUACACAAUCUAUACAACCCGAC